AUGUCGUCCACGCUGACCAUCCAUCACCUGAACGACUCGCGCUCCCAGCGGAUUCUGUGGCUCGUGGAGGAGCUCGAUGUCCCGUACGAGAUCAAGAAAUAUGCCUGCGGCGUUGACAGUAAAGCACCUGAGGAUCUUAAGACGGUCAACCCACUCGGCGGCGCGCCAGGCCACCUCAUCGAGCAGUACAUCAUCGCGAAGUACGGGGAAGGGCGCGCGCAGCCCCCCGAGUCCGGGAAGCUGGACAACCUCUACUUCACCCACUACUCCGAGGCGUCCCUGAUGCCGAUGCUCGUGCAGAAGCUUCUGUUCAAAAAGAUCCCCACCCAGGCCCCGUUCUUUAUCCGUCCAUUCCUCAACAUCGUCUUCAGCAAGAUCGACGCGGGCCUCCGAGAAGUCUCCUGGGCCGUGCGCGUCGGGAGCCACUGUCUGACGAACGCGCGCCGGCAGAUCGAGGAGCACCUGGAGAAGUGCGGGGACUGGACUGCGGGCGGCAGCGAGCCAACGGCGGCGGACUACAUGAUGGUGUUCAGUUUGGAGGCGUGGGGGAACUCGUCACCGUUUCCGUUCGGGCCGAAGACGAGGGAGUACGUGAACCGCGCGCACGCAAGGCCCGCAUACAAGCGGGCACUCGAGAAGGGGGGUGAGUACAAGUACGCAAGAGAUCUAUGA